CGGGCGGCGGCGGCACUAUUCCAACAACAACAACAACAGUCCUAACCGGCGGCUUGCCCCGCCACGCCGCCGACUCAUUUCAUCAGCCGUCAGUCACAACACGCAGGCACUCCGGACGGUGCGGACGCACGCAGCCGACGUAGCACAGCGCAGCGCGCAGCCCGGCGUCCACGACGACGACGACCCCUUGAGCACGGAGUACUGACGCGGAGCUGACGACGAGCACGAUGAGCGAAGGCUCGGCGGCGCUGCGCGCGUCCUGGCUGGGCCGCAUCAUGGCGCAGGCCCGGCUCCGCAACAUGCAGUGCCCGCUCGUCUGGACCACCGCCGCCUCCUUCGACGGCGUCCUCGAGGACAAGCUGCGCGACCUGGUGACGCUGGCGCCGUCCGCCUGGGACGCCGUCGUGCGCGACCUGGUGCGCGUCUCGAGGAUGAUGCACACGUCGACGGGCAGCCUGGACGACAUCAAGGCCACGCUGUCGCGGUGCUUCGAGCUGGUGCACCGGCCGCGCCGCACCAGCCCGUCCGACGAGCCGUGCGCCAUCGUGGACGAGUACCGCACGGCGCUGCUGCACGCCCUCGACACCACCUUCCUCAUGGUGGCCUGCGUCUUCGACCGCAAGAACCUGGAGGAGGUGCCCGCCACGGAGCACGUGCCCAAGUACGAGUCCAUGGACGUCAAGACCAAGUCGGCCAUCUGGGCCAUCCGGGCGCAAGUCAAGCUCACCUGCUACCUCGACGGCCUCCACCGGUCUGCUGGCCCACUGUGCAGUGCGUCGCUGACAGUGUCCCUGCCGCCAGGCCUGGGCACGGACGAGGCCCCCGUCAUGCGUCCGCCGUCGCUGAUGGACGCGCUGCUGGCCGCGUCGCGCGCCAAGGACAUGCUGCCGUCGGAGGGCCACUGGAAGGCGCUGUACGGCGACAUGCUGCCGGACGACAACCCUCGCAAGCUGACCCUGCUGCGCAACGCGGCGCGCGCGCGCCGGUCGCCCUUCACGCUCACCUGCCUCAGCCGCUACCUCUACAAGCUGGGCGACCACGCCGCCUUCGACCUGUGCGCAGACGCCCUGGUGGAGUGGCCCCGGUCCGUGCACGCCAACGUGUCGUACGUGCUCAUGUACUUGUCGUGCUCCGUGCCGGGCAAGCUGUCGCGCUGCCUGGCCGAGCAGUGCCUGCUGCGCCUGCAGCGCCUCACGCCCGCCUGCGUCUUCGUGCAGGGGCUGGCACUACAGCUGCGUCUCCAGGCCGCGGAGGAGAACAGCUACCUGGGCGGCGGGGACGCGGGCGGCGUGGCGCCGCUGCGGCCUCGACCCUUCUCGCCGACGGACCACGAGGCCAUCCACAAGGCCCUGGAGAUGUACGUGGGCGACGGCGAGCCCUGGAGCAUGGUGCGGCGCGAGCCGUGUGGACGCGUGCAGCUCGACAAGUGCAACUGCGUCUGCUCGGGCGACUGCGCCUACCUCACCUACAAGGAGCACGGCACACUGCUGGCCGGCGACAAGCCGCUGGCCUGCUACGCCGAGUGAAGAUGAUGUCUCUCUCUCUCUCUUUUAAGCUACGUGGAGUGAAACUGAGCUCUCUCUCUCUGUUAAAAUUUUCUUUUAAAAGCAAUGGGGAGCUUGCUCAGUGAAUGAUUUGUUGGCUUGUAAGGACGACGCCAAGAAAUUCGGAUUUCAAGUCGCCAUUUAUAUGUUACUCGUUGUCGUUGAGAUCGAUUUAUGAAAAUAAUCUGCUAUUGAAUGAUCGAUUUAUAGUCUUCUAUUGAAAGAGAUUAAUGAAAAUAAUCUUCUAUUGAAAGAAAUGAAUGAAAAUAACCUUCUAUUGAAAGGUACAUUAAUGUUAAAAGUCCUCUAUUGCAAGUUCGAUUUAUGAAAAGAGUCUUCUAUGACCGUUAUGGAAUGCUUGUUAUGUUUCUUUGCUUUUAAACGACGUGAUGAACUCGCCCUCAGUUGUUUCCAGUGUGUGUGACGUCACGCCCCUCGUCUUCCGUACAGAAUACUAAUAUUAAUCCUAUUCGUGAAUUAAAUUGAGCCCUUAUUUUGUAGAAACCGU